AGUUCCCCUCACAGACACUCACACACUCACACUGCCUCUCUGAGCAAGAGAAACAAGGACGUCCUUCUUUUGCCUGGAAACUAGAGAUGUUAGGAACGAGCAGUUAAAGCCUCGCUGUAUCAUUACUGCUCAACUUUCAUUCCUGAGGAGUUAUUCAGCUUCUCGAAACAUUUGAAUUCGCUCGUUCAGAUCUGGUGACAAGGAACUACUUGAAAAGCUUAACCUGAAUGUAAUAUUUGGUUGAAGAAGGCAGGAAUAAAAAGCCAUCAUCAUGAAUUUUGUUAUGAAGCAAGCGUUGGGAGGAGCGACCAAAGACAUGGGGAAAAUGCUGGGGGGCGAGGAGGAGAAGGACCCUGAUGCUGAAAGAAAGGAGGAAGAAAGACAGGAAGCCCUCAGGCAACAGGAGGAGGAGAGGAAGGCAAAGUACGCAAAAAUGGAAGCGGAGAGGGAAUCGCUUCGACAGGGCAUCAGGGACAAGUAUGGUAUAAAGAAGAAGGAAGAGAAGGAGGCAGAAGCCCAGGCAGCCAUGGAGCAGGCGUCAGAGGGCAGUCUGACCCGUCCCAAGAAAGCAAUCCCUGCCGGCUGCGGGAAUGAAGAAGAGGAGGAGGAGAGCAUCGUGGACACCGUCAUGAAGUUCCUCCCGGGCCCGCUUCAAGAUAUGUUCAAUAAAAAGUAACAGCAUUCCACGACAAGUCGUGAUAAAACGGGAAUCAUUAAUGUCAUGAAAGCCACCUCCUCUUUCCCCUUCCCCUCUCUCUCUCUCGCAUUUGUUCUAAGAUCUCUGGACUCAAAUCGUGUGCCAUCACAUCUGUCUUUAGCUGCGAUACAAGUGACUUUUUUUAUUUUUAUUAAAAGAAUGAGGAAAAAUACAAUUUGUGCACUAGAAAUGUUACAUUGCGAACGCUCUGCUCAAAGACAAAUUGAAUGCCCCCUGAGUCCGGACCAUAGAGCAAGAAUAUUCCUCAUGCUUCAUUCAUUUUGUUUGUAAA